AUGGAAGCUAAAUUUGAUCAAAUUGCAAAGAACCAUUCAUCUUCAAUUCACAACUUGGAGGUGCAGAUAGGCCAACUAGCCAAUGUUAUUUCAGCUAGGAACCAAGGUAAUUUACCAAGCAACAUUGAGACUAAUCCAAGGGAGCAGCUCAAAGCAAUUUCACUAAGGAGUGGGAAAGUGCUGGAGCCAAAGCAAGAUGUGCAAAGUAAGAGGACAGGUACAGAUGUUGAAAUCUAUGAUGAAGAAACCAUUGAUAAGUCAGAGGACAACCAAGGUGACAAGGGGAAUCACUCUAAUGCCCAACGUUCACCCUAUGUCACACGAAUCCCUUUUCCUCAAAGACUGAAGAAGCAGCAAACUGAACAACAAUUUUCCAAAUUUUUGGAUAUUUUUAAGAAGCUGCAAAUCAAUAUUCCUUUUGCUGAGGCUCUUGCCCAAAUGCCUCAAUAUGCUAAUGCUAAAUUUUUUAAGGAGAUCAUCACUAAUAAGAGGAGAUGGGAGGAUGACCAAACUGUAUCAUUGACUAAAAAGUGUAGUUCAAUCAUUACCAGCAAGAUGCCUGCCAAAUUGAAAGACCCAGGGAGUUUUACAAUUCCAUGUGUUGUUGGUAGCAUUGAGUUUCCUAAGUAUUCGGCAAAUUAUUUAGCUUGUGAUAUUUUGCCACCAGAUUUUUCUUAUCAGCAGAAAAAGCAGUUUUUGUCGGAAGUUAAGCAUUACUUGUGGGAGGAUCCUUACCUUUACAAGAUUUGUGGUGAUAAUAUCAUUAGGAGAUGUGUGCCUGAGGAGGAGAUGCUUGACAUUCUUACUCAUUGCCAUGACUCAGCAUAUGGUGGUCAUUUUGGUGCAACAAAGAUUGCUAUUAAGGGAGUUGACUUCAUGGGUCCUUUUCCAUCCUCACAUGGGAACCAUUACAUUUUGGUGGGAGUGGAUUAUGUCUCCAAGUGGGUUGAAGCAGUUGCAUCCCCCACCAAUGAUGCUAGGGUAGUGAUUAAGUUCCUGAAGAAGCUUUUCUCGAGGUUUGGAGUUCCUAGAGCUAUCAUUAGUGAUGGGGGAUCCCAGUUUUGCAAAAAACAGUUUGAUUCUCUCCUCAAGAAAUAUAAUGUCUAUCAUAGGGUUGCUACACCCUAUCACCCCCAGACUAGUGGGCAAGUCGAGGUAUCUAAUAGGGAACUUAAGAAGAUUCUGGAGAAGACUGUCAAUGGGUCAAGGAAAGACUGGGCUGCAAAACUUGAUGAUGCUUUAUGGGCAUAUCGAACUGCUUACAAAACCCCUAUUGGUAUGUCCCCUUAUAGGUUGAUUUAUGGCAAGGCAUGUCACCUUCCUAUCGAGUUGGAACACCGGGCCUUUUGGGCAAUUAAGGCACUGAACUUCGAUAUGAAGACUGCAGGUGAAAAGAGAAUGUUACAACUUAAUGAGUUAGAUGAGAUUAGAUUGCAGGUAACUCUAAGUGGACAAGAAGUGAACGGACCAUAUCUAAUAGAGUCCGAAUUCUCCUCUCCGAUACACCGUUUAAUUAUGGUGUACCAGGAGGAACCAAUUGUGAUACAAUCCCGUUUUCUCGAUAUGAUCAAAGGGCCUUAA